AGCAGGAGCAGUGGUUGUAGUAGCGGUAUCGGGAAUGACGGCUGACUCGCGCAUCCACUUUCAUCGCUUCCGUCCUCCUUCCCACGACUGUCGGAUGAAAGCGUUACGUCGAAUUCGCCGUACGGCAGAUUCGAACGCUGCUAAAGUAAUGUGAAAUGGGAGCCCGUGAAAGUCCGCACGAACGCGCAGCACCCCUGCGGCCCACAGACAUGUCCCAGUCUACCCAUAUCAUUUCUCCAAAUUCGGGGAAUUUGGCUCCUCGUAGUAGCGACAGACGACGUGACAUGCACAAACAUGAUAAGGGGCUCCGGCCGAGUGAAGAGGAUUGUUUCGCGAUUUAGAACCACUGAUCGCUAGUCUGGCAGACUACCGUGACUCUACUAGAGCAUGUCGAGCAUUCGUGUGAGCUAACGAACCUGUGCAUCAAGAGAGCCUUUCCUGGGAGCCAAAGGCUGCGGCACACACCAUUCUUCGCGAAGUUGGGGCUCAUUAAAACGCGGAUCGGGGGCGUCGAGACGUUGGAAAACUAUCAUGGGUCCUGUGUUGGUUCCGCGCUUCGGUGAGUGGAACGAGCCGCCGCUGUCACAGUCUCCGGACGUUCUUUCGCCCACAGGAGUCACCGGUGUAACAGGUACCACAAGAACCGGGUUUCGCUCCCGCCAGUCCUCUCGCCAAGCCUCUCGCCAGUCCUCCCCUGCUUCGGCACGCCAAUCGUGCCCCGCGUCCCCAAACCUCCGACAGCCAUUGAUCGCCAUCCAGCGGCGAUCCGACGGCUCUCCUUCAGCCACUCAGCCAGAUCUCCGCAGGAGCAGCAGCAGCGGGUUCACAGGAUGGGGCCGCAGACGGCAAGCCAGCCCCACUGCAAGUGCUCCUACUAAUACUAGUGCUCCUAAAAGCACUAGCAGUACUCAUACUCUUACUCGUUCUAUUAAUACAACUGGUGGCGCCCGGGAUGCAUCACUUGUUGCUCCGGCACGCCGCCAUGUCAGCAGAACCACAGCAACAAUGCCAACCGUGGCAUCAGUCCCCUCCGCGGCAUCGAGUGCAGCAGCAAGGGCAGCUGCAAGCGUGCCUAGCAGCCCGCAUGGGGGUUCCCAAACGAGCUUCGCGAGCAGCAGGAGGAGCGGCCAGAGAGGCGACAUGUCAACGCCCAUCCCGCCCCUGAGUGAGAUACUGCAGCGGCAGCAGGAGGAGGGCCAGGGGGGGAUCUACUCGGGCGAGUUCCAGAAGGCGCGCCUUGCCAGAAGCGCCAGCGCCUCCCGUGCCUCCCUGCUCCAAUCCCAAGGGCUUACAUCCCAAGGGCUCAAGCCGGCCGGUCCAGCAGUGGUUUCAGCAGCAAGUGGACCUUUGAGGACCACUGAAGCACCAGGUGCAGCUCUCACCGGGUCCAGCCUUCCCCAGAUGGCGCCUGCCAGCAUGUCCCUGUGGCGGCGACGCGAGAGCAGUGGAGUGAGGUCCAACCACAGCAGCAGCAGCAGCAAGUAUGGGUCGUCUGUACAGAGCAUAGGUCCAACCACGGGACACAGCUCGUCUCAAGGCUCCUCCAAGGUUUCUUCCAAGAGUGCCUGGAGUGGCCGCAGCAGUGGAGGCAGGUCCAGCCUGACGGCCAAAACCAGCCGGCCAGUCAGUUUCCUGACGGCUAGCAGCAAGGGUGGGGUGGGAGUGGGAGAUUUUGAGGAGAUGGACUCGGGUGGGAAUCUGACGGCCAGGAGUGCGGAUUCUGUCGGUUUGACAGAAUCUGUCAGCUUGACGGAUCCCUUGACGGAUUCUGUCAGCUUGACGACUAACAGCUCAAUGGACGUGAGCAGGAAGUAUCUGAUGGAUGAUAUGAGUCGAGUCAGCAUGGCAAGCCAGGUCAGCAUGGGCUACAGCCACGUCAGCAUGCAAUCCAGCCAUGUCAGUGCGGGCUCCAGCCACAUCAACAGCACCGACAGCGUAUCAUCAUCGUCAUUAUCUUCCUCAUCGAGCCACGUCAGCAGGGUGUCCAUGUCAGCAUGGUCGCCACGUAGGCUUGGGAGCCCCCUCAGGUUCGGCAGCCCCUUUUGCUCGUGGCGAACCAGCAGCACCCAUACCUCCGCUGCGAGUGGCCAUGACAGUAAAAAGAGUAGUGAUAAUAACAGGAGUGACUAUAACGAGAGUGACAGCAGCAGAAGGUGGGUGGGGAGCAGCAGGGUAUCGUCGGCUCGUGACAAUAACGAGGGGACGAGGAGGUCUGGGAGUGCCAGUCGAGCUUCGGAUGGUUCUAGAAGGGGUGGGUGGAUCAGCAGCAACAAGAAGGUUCCUAGAAUCAGUGCUGAUGUCAGCUUUGUCAGCACCGACAUCAGCAAUGGCAGUAACGAUCGUAGCGACAUCAGCAGUUAUGUCAGCCACAUCAGCAAGGACGUCAGCUACGUCAGCAGCGCCAUCAGCACCAGCCAGAAACUGACCGAUCCCAGCAUGCCAGAUCAUCGCGAUGAGGUCAGCUGUGCAGACGAUGACAUCAGCAACCUGAGUGGGAACCUGGACGCCAGCGGCCGCAUCAGUACACUCCGUACCCCUUAUAGUCCCACCAGCAGCACCUGCAGCAGCAGUGGGGUUACAAGCAACAGUAGCAGCAGAAGAACUGUCAUUCCUAAGUUCGGUGAAUGGUUGGAGCCAAGACGUGAGUACACCCACACUGUAUACAACAGUGAAUACACUCGUGAAGUGUACAACGAUCGUUACACUAGUGAUGAUCGUUACACUGCUACUAGCAGCAGCACGCACAGCAACCACCACACAAGCACCACUGGCAGGACCAACACCAGCAGCACGAGCUUUCUUGGAAGCAUCCACGGCAGAGGGAGCAGAGGGACUGGGGAGACAGAGUCUCGGGUCAGCUAUAGUGGCAACCACACCAAAUACACCAGCAGCUGCAGCGGCAGUGGCACCAAUAGAAACAUCAAAUACAGCAGCAACUGUAGCAGCGACACCAGCAGAAACAGCAACUGCAGCAGCAAGUGCAGUGGCGAUUCUGCGUCCAGUGGCGUGAGAAGCACCGAGGCUGGGAGCAGUGCCAUGGGGAGCAUCAGCAGGGCUAUUGGCCCUGGUGGAAUAGAGACCCUUGCCCUCCCCACCACCCCUGUCAGCCGCACCGGCAGCAGCAGAGGCAGCACUAGCACCGGUGGCCGCGGUGGCAAGGGAGAGGGAGGGGAAAAGGCAGGGGUAGAGGCAGAGGAGAGCUUUCCUUACUCGGAGGUGUUUGAGAGAGCGAGGAGGGAGAGGCGAGAGAAACAGGAUGCGAGGGAGAGAGGGGUGGAGGAGGAGGAAGAGGAGGAAUUCGGGAGUGAGAGGGAGAGUGUGAGAGAGAGUGAGGUAGGGAGUGAGAGAGGGGGUGAAGUGAGCGUCAAUGAGAGCAGGGGGAAUGGGGGUUAUGUGCAGCAAAGAAGGAGCUUGGAUGAGCACGGCAACGGGCAUGUGGCGAGGGGGAGUAUGGGGGUGCCAGCAGCCAGGCGGGUUGUGGGGGUGGCAGCAGCAACGCCAACCGAGAGUGUGGGUGUUGUAGCAACGAGGAAAGCACUUGUUACAUGUGAGAGCAGCAGUGAGGCGGCGGCACGGCUACAGCAGAGGACGACCUUGGAUGGGCACACGAGCGGGAGUGCGGCAAGGGGUGAUGGCGGGAUAGCAGCAACGAGAAAGGCGCUUCUUUCAUGUGAGAGCAGCAGUGAGGCCGCACGGCUGCAGCAGAGGAUGGUGCGGGAGAUGGCUGCUAGGAGACUGGGAGGACGAGGAGGGGUGAACAAGUUGAUUGGGUCUCUUCACACUCAAUCAACUCAAAAGGGGUUUGAAACGCAAGAGAGACAUCGUGAGGCGCAGGGAGGGGAGGCAAAGGGGAGUUUUGAGUGUGAGAGAGAAGAAGAUGGAGGGGAGGAGGAAAGGGAGGAUGAGAAGGUGGAGACAUUGGAUGAGGGAGGCACGACGGAGCGGAUUCGCGCAAAGAACUACUUACCACAACAACAAAGCCCUGUGGACGGCAGCGAGAGCCUUAAAACGAGCACGGAGAUUCUCUCACCCACCACUCUUGUUUCCUCUGGCUUUCACCCAGGGGGGUCGCUCGUUACUGCUGCAGAGAAGAGCACCAAGAAUGCAGAGCAGAGCAAGAGUGGGGGAGAGAUGAGCAGGGAUGGUGCUGGGAGGAGCAUAAGUGGGGAAAGGCUGUGCAGCAGUGGGGAGGAAGGGUUGUGCGUAAGUGGGGGGGGAGUGCUGUGCAGGAGUGGGGGGAAAGGGCUGUGCGUAAGUGGGGGGGGAGAGCUGAGCAGGGAUGGUGCUGGGAGGAGCAUAAGCGGGGGAGGGCUGUGCUGGGGUGCGAGCAGGGGGAGUGUGUGGGUGGGGACAAGCGAGUGGGGGAGAGGGAGUGAGGGAGCGACCAAGGGGCUGAAGCAGAUUAGGGUAGUUGGUGGUGGUGUGGUUGGAAGGGGAGAGGGUGAUGAUGUGAUUGGAUCCACACAGCAGCAAGGGUCCCAGCAGCAUGGGUCCCAGCAGAAAGGGUCCAUCAGCAGCAGCCACAGCGUGGUUCGGAUCACUCCAGUGAUCCGAGCCCCUCCAGCACUCCAGGAGCCCUCACAGCGGCACUUCUGGAGGAACCUCCCUGUGGCAGGAGCCGCAGCAGAAGCAGCAGCAGCAGCAGCAGCAGCAGCAGCAGGAGCAGCAGCAGCAGGAGCAGCAGCAGGAGCAGCAGCCGCAGGAGCAGCAGCGGGAUCAGGAGAAGGAGCCACAGUCCUCUCAUCAUGGGACUCUAAUAAGGCAUCAUCCCCAGCAUCCACAGCAGCAGCCCUCAUUGUACAGGACUCGAAUAAAGCAGCAGCUACAGCAGCAGCAGCAGCAGCCCUGCGACCUUUAAAGCCGUCCCAUUGUUUCCAGAGGACCCUCUCGGGCAGCCGGAUGCUUCCGGGAAGCCCGGCGGGCAGGCUGGCGGGCAGCUGGGAGAGCAUAGCCCUGGGCGGGGACCUGGAGGAUGGUGGCGGGCAGUUGAGCGCAGUGCGAGUGAGAGAGUACCAGAUGCUGCAACCACGCAAGGCAUCACCAUGGCGCCUGUGCUGCGGCCUUCCGUCCGUGCUGCCCUGAACCCAUGCCAUCAUGCCGUGAGACAAAUGCUUCUGAGGUGCCAAGACGUAUACGCUGUCAGCCUGACUUAUGAGGUGCCAAGACGUAUACGCUGUCAGCCUGACUUAUGAGGUGCCAAGACGUAUACGCUGUCAGCCUGACUUACCCGUAAUCCCCCGUAUAUAACACCCUAUGGUGUAUAUAAAAAUUCACUAUAAAAAUGACUGGGUGUUAACAGUGGCUCGGAAAAAUAUAGUGCCCAUGUGUUAUGUAAAAUGCAAUUUGAAUUUGAGUGUUUCAG